AUUUCCCAUUGUUCCUUUUAUAUAUUUCAUGACGUUUUAUACUUGUAUAGGUGAUCACAAAAAGGGGGAAAUAAAUGGUUGCAAAAUUGCCAUUAUAAAAGACAAUAACAAUAGCAUAAUAAUCCAUGGACGAACAUUUGUAGAUCUCUAUAUUUUGUAUUAUGCUUAUAAAAUAAUGUGAAAUCCGUGGCCAUAUUUAAUAUUCAAAAACAGAAAAGGAAUUGGCCUCAGAUUAAGUCAAAUAUUGAAUAACAUAUACUCCCUUUUUUCUAUCCCUUUAUAUUCGACGUGAAGAAAACUCUCGGUGGCCUUCUCCCCUCCUCUCAUGCGCGUGGGCACAUCCAUAAUAAUAAAAAUGUCACCCCGGCCCUUCUGGAGAUUCUGCAAGAAGACAACAAGCUAAAUGAGAAAUCGUUUGAAAAAUAAUUUCCUGAUGUGUUCAGUCACUCAAAUUCGGUCAGAGAGGAUACAGACUGAAGUAGAAAUCGUAAGGGGGAUUAUUUGUCUCAUAAUAUUACAGAUUUACAGAUGCCAGUGUCAAAGCCAGUUCAAAACGAAAAACCUCAGUGGUGUCGAUACAAAGCACAUUAUCAUGAAAAGCUGAAGCACGACAGUGAUUUCAUCUGUGUGCGUUUUUUGUUAAAAUGAAGGGCCUGCAUAAGAAUUAUUCUACAUGUUUUAAUUGUUUGCAGUAAUUUCCUAUAAAGACAUGUAACACAUUCACACAUGGAGCUAAAAUGCUUACAUGGUUUUGUAAUUCUUUUCAUGACAAAAAUGCACAGAUAUUUCUUCACAUGUUUGUCUUAUCAAAUUACCAAAACCAUUUUUGCACCAUGGUAUUUCUUUUUUUAUAUUUUGCCUUUGUGCAACUGCAGUAUUAUUUGUCCUCACUGAUAUUACAUUUAUAAAUAAUUGUCAGCCCAAUCUGAUUGAUAUGAGAGGGCAUGAACAUUACUAACCCUGACAUAUGGUUAGCAGGGACACCUAGAACAAUUGAACCAUGGUGUGUCUCAGUAAAAAAAAAAAAGCUGAUGCACUAUCUGCAUCCAACACAGACACACUGCAUACACGCGCACACGCACUCACAGCAAGCUACUGAUAUGACCCAUAUGUGCCAUAAACAGGUAGCACAUAAAUAACGUUUUAACUUAAACAGAACAUUUGUAUUUCUUCUUAUGCAUAUCCAUCCGUGGGAAAGUGGUCCUAAAUCAAUCCUGAUGUAAAGACCAGUGGACAGGAUGGGGUCCACUAAAUGCCGCCACCCACUCCUUUCCUUCACACAAAGCCUGUGCGUAAUUCCAAAAAAGCCAUCCAUCUCUUCCCUAGCAACUCUGUCCUGCCCCUGGCCCUGGUCCGCUCAAAAACCUGCAUGUCCUCUAGAACGACAAAUGCACGUUUUUAUGUGAAUGCAUUCACGAUUUAAAGAUAAAAGCCAGGUGGAGAAGCUGCUUCGCCAUACUCACCGUUGGCGCAUUACAGCCUCCUCAAAAAGGAAAUGGUCACAUCUUGUGUAGAUGGAUUCUUAUGUAUCUUCUAAAAGAUCCCUCCAGCGACAGCCCGGCUACAACUGCGAGCAGAAACUGGUUCUAAUCUGAGUGGCCAGUGUUUCUCGCCGCUUCCUGGCUGCAUUUGAUCCGGGGGAGAGUUAGAAGCCUUAAAUGUGUUGUGAGGGCACCGAGCUGUCAGACCUUUUGGCGAGUAAGAUUGAUCGCGCGCAGGCUUCCAGGACUCUUUGUUUGGUAUAUAAGCAACAAACUGAGAGAGGCCUACCACUUCUCCUCUUCCUCUUUCUUACUCUCCAAACCAUUUUUUGGAAAUGAAAAUACAACAUGUACUGCUUGACGAAAAACAUCCCAAAUGUGGCUUUCUAGGAUUCUGGAAGGGCUAUAAAACCACACACUGCAGGGAAGUGCCAUUCAAUAAGAAUAUACCAUUUACAUAAUAACGCUGCAAAUGGUCGAUUGUAAAUGUAACGGUGUUUGCUUCAUUGCAUUUUCAGGUAGAAUUGAUUUCUGGAAAUACAGAGGGAUGGUUUCCUCGGCAUUAUAUCUCUUGUCCUCCCAGUAAACUCUGCUAUAGCCUUGUGGGUUUCUAAUUUUAACAGUUACAUGAAAUUCUUCAAAUUAUUAACACAAUAUUUAAACAACAAUGGCAGCUUUUGGUGAUCGAAAUAUUAGAAAAUUACCUAUCAUAUUAGAAAAAUGCUCCUUGUUUUUUUGGCCUCAUGUCUGUGGGUUUGUGCACACACAUGGACGGGGAUGACCUCGUUUCAAAAUCGAGCUUUAUUGGAAUAAACGAAAAACGUAUGUGCUUUUAUAUCAUAUCCAAAGUGUCCAUAUUAAAGUGUAUAGUAAAACAAUGUUUAUGGGUACACAUACAUAAAAUAUGUGCGUGUGUAAUUUCGUACACAUUUCUGGACCUGAUCUGUAAAUGUUAAACAGCUGUUAUGUGUACAAAAUGGUCUGUACAUGUCAUAUCCGUCACUAUUAACUCAAUGGAUGGGCUUUUUAUUGCAACACAUGUCAAUGGAUGCACUUCAUAUUUCAUUAUUAUGCAUCUUUGAAAAAUCCCAUCUAUUCUGGAGUCCACACUCACUGUGCAGACUGGAUUGUUGGGGUUGGUUUCUGUCGAAAAGUCUCAAUAUCAGUUUUUGGGGUAUGUUUUUUACACAUCUAAAGCCUGACUCUUGACUAUUUGAAUAGCUGGCGUGAAAUGUGUGUGUGUCUGUGUGUGUGUGGUGUGGGGGCGUUCUAGACUGACAUCCUCAAACAAUACGAGAAAGAGGAGUGCACGAAUCCGCGCACCCUAGGCUGGGCUCCUUCCGUGUAAUAGUGAGCGUCAGCCAUUCUUAAAAAACACAUUUUGUGGCUUAGUGGACUGGACUGGAAGGGCGAGAGGAGGAUAAACUGAGCGGACAAAGAUGUAAAUAAAAACAGUCGUCCCCCAGCUGAGCGAGGCGUUCUUCAUCAGAGUUUUUGGAUCAAUCAGGCAGACAGUGGCUCCUUUUGAUUAAACCCCAAAUUGUCAUUGGGCAGAGGUAAUCAUGUGACAGGCAAUUCGGUCCAAUUUCAACCUUGUCUCCAUGAAUUCAAUAGUUUAAUAGUAGCUCGGUCCCCAUACGGCCGUAAUCAGUGAUAUAGAAAAAACACCACCAGGAGAUUUUUUUAAAUGAUUUUUUCUUUCUCGUCCUCAUUGAGCCGCAACAUUUAUAAAAAUACGCGUGCAAACUUUCCUCGGCUCUCAGGGAGCGGAGAUGAAUUACGAAUUCGAGCGAGAGAGCGGUUUUAUCAAUAGUCAGCCGUCGCUUGCUGAGUGCCUGACAUCUUUCCCCCCUGUCGCUGAUUCAUUUCAAAGUUCAUCAAUCAAGAGCUCGACGCUUUCACGCCCGACACUGAUUCCUCCUCCCUUUGAGCAGACCAUUCCCAGCCUGAAUCCGGGCAGCCAUCCGCGGCACGGCCGGCCCAGACACAUCCCCGACGGAUGCAGCUCGCUGCCCACAGCCUCUCUACCCCCGGAGUACCCCUGGAUGCGGGAGAAGAAAGCCUCCAAGCGGAAUCACCUGCCGACUUCCACCAUCUCCAAUGGACCUGUGUGUUUUUCCCCAAAAGACUCGCCAGAGAUGGUGGAGAGCGGAGGGGGAGGAGGGGGCUCCCGGCGGCUGAGGACCGCGUACACCAACACACAGCUGCUGGAGCUGGAGAAGGAGUUCCACUUCAACAAGUAUCUUUGCCGGCCGAGGAGAGUGGAAAUAGCGGCCCUGCUGGACCUGACCGAGCGACAGGUCAAAGUCUGGUUCCAGAACCGGCGCAUGAAGCACAAGCGACAGACCCAGAGCAAGGAGAACCACAACGGGGAGGCGAAAGGGCCGGGGGCCGAGGACGACCUCCACAGCGACGACGAGGAGGACGAUGAGGGCCCCCUGUACGAGAGGAGCGGGGCCCUGUUGGAGAGAGAUACCUGCUCCUUUCAGAAUAACUCACUGAGCUCCAUACAGCAGCUCCACAAUGGCGAGUCCAUGGGCUUUGCUGCUGCGCCGCUGAACAGCAAUGACAAAAAUCUGAAACAUUUUCCCAACCCGUCACCCACUGUUCCGGGAUGCAUGUCAACAAUGGGCCCAGGCUCGGCAUCUGGCCCGGACAAUGGCGAUAGUCCCCCGGCCCUGGAUGUUUCUAUACACGACUUUCAACCUUUCUCCUCGGAUUCCUGCCUACAGCUCUCCGAUGCAGCUUCGCCGAGCUUGUCAGAGUCUCUGGACAGCUCCGUGGACAUUUCUACAGACAGUUCUUUUUUCUCGGAGUCCCUAACUACAAUCGACCUGCAGCAUCUGAACUAUUAACUGAAAUCAAUCACACUAGCUUUCUUCCUUUCUCUCGGGACAAUACAUAUCAGGCUGCGAUGGUAUUAACUCUGAUGUUAUUUGUAUAUUCGGCACAUUUAU